AGUCACACACACACACACAGACUUUCACUCAUCAGGCUGUACAUUUGACUUCUUGUUUGCAGCAACAGAGGCCGAGGUACCCAUGUGACUGAAACCAGUCACGGAGGAAGCACACCGAAUGGAUCUGACCUACAUCACUGAACGUAUCAUCACCAUAUUCUGUCCUCCUGGAUGUCCAGAGGAGAUCUAUCAGCAGAGCCUAUGGGAGAUUCUUCCCAUGCUGCAGUCCAAGCAUGGACACAACUACAUGCUCAUCAACCUCUCUCAGAAGCAUGACCCUGUGAGCAGAAUCAACCACAAGGUUUUGGAUACAGGUUGGGUGGAACUCUUGGCUCCCAGCCUGGAUCAGAUCAUCAGUGUGUGCACAGCGAUAGAGAACUGGCUGAACACCCAUCCAAAGCAUGUCCUGGUGUUACACUGCAGGGGAGGGAAAGGCCGGUUAGGAGUUCUGGUGGCGUCCUACAUCCACUUCUCCAACAUGUCAGCCAGUGCAGACCUUUCCCUCGACCAUUUCGCCAUGAGGAGGUUCUACAAUGACAAGCUCUCUGCUCUUAUGACCCCUUCACAGAAACGGUAUGUGUGGAUGCUGGGCAGCAUGUUAAAAGGAGGACUGAAGAUGUGCCCUUCUCCAUCUUUCCUCCUCUGUGUUGUUCUUUAUGGUCUCCCCAAAAUAAGAGCAGAUGGAGGAUGUUUCCUCUUCCUGAGGGUCUACCAAAGUCUGCAAGCUGUUUGCACUUCUGCAGUGUAUCAUGCUAAUGCAGCUGAAACAGAUCGCCUCUACAUUGUGCUUCAGCCAGCUCAGCUGCUCAAAGGGGACAUCAUGGUGGUUUGUUAUGAUAAAAACAGCCUGUCUGCCAGUCGUCAGGUCAUCUUCCGUGUCCAGUUUCAUACGGGCCUUAUAGCGGGACACACCCUCACUUUCUCAAAGGCGGACCUUGACUGUGCCAGUGAAGAUGUCCGGUUCCCAGAAGAUGGAAAAGUAGAGCUGCUGUUCUCUGAAAGUCCUGAGAAAAUUGCAGGCAGAGAGCUGUGGCACAACGGACGCUCAGUGACGGUGGACUAUGACACCUUGGACCCUUUGGUUAGACGAGACUCAUAUCACGACGCAUCUUGCCUGGAAAGAGCUCCACCUCAUGUCUCCGACUCUGACGUUUUGUGUGGCAGAGUGAGGAAGAAGAGAAGUGAGGAAGGCGCUUCAGUCUCUUUAACUACCAGCAGUCCUAGUUGCAGUGACCGAGCUCCAUCUGCCAGCAGUGAUUCGGGCUUGUCUGUUGCCUCACAGGGGCUGACUGGAGACAGACUGAAGAGAGGAGCCACGCAGGACAAGCGUUCCCAAGCAGGGAAGCUGGUCUCUGGGGUGGACUGCGAGCUUUCUCAGUAUCUUCAGGAGGUCAUGACUGAGCUCGCUUCGUCCGGUGGAAGGAAGGAGGAGAUAACUGGAGAUGAAUCUGGAUUGGGACACACAAUCAAUGGCGAGUCUUCGUCCAGCGAGAGGGAGACUGACAUAUUGGAUGACGAGGAUGAAGUAGACAAUGUGGCAGUUCCUGCUUUAGACAUACCAAACUCAAGUGGCAUUUGCUCCCUCUCAUCUGAAAAUCUGCCUAAAACUCAGAAUCUAACCCAAGUCAAGUGCCUGACUCAGUCCUGGGUACAGCAACAACAAAAGGCUGGUGCAGGUGAUAACUUCAUUACAGCUGAUGGGGAUGGGAAUUUGAACAGGAUGAAGAAAGCGAGGCCACCUCCUCUGGUUGCGUCUGUGGCUGCUCCAGACACCCCACCUCGAGGACUCAGCAGCAAGGAAGCAGUACAGAGAGGGCUGGUGAAUGAGGAUGAUGCACUUAUGGUAGAUAAGUCUGCCAGUACCACACAGACUUCAUCUUGUCAAGAAGACGAACUAGCGUCGUUAUCCACAGACAUCGAUGAGUCCAUAGAGCAGCUGAAUCAGCUGAUUCUGGAUUUGGAUCCCACCUUCGUCCCUGUUCCUACCCGCUGCUCCCCUUUAUCCCGCACUGCCUCCCUACACACCAAUGGCCUCAGCCACAAGGGAAGCACCCAUCAGUCAGGGUGGAUGCAGCAGAAACAGGUCAGCGAUGUGAUGGAUUACGCUGGGCUCCGCAGUCCGGGAUGGAGAGGGGGUGGACAUCAGUCUCUCAGGGACUCCCCAGGCUACAGUCCCGCCUCACCCUCUCAGCAUGGACACCUCUAUAAAUCCAACAGCGUGGACUAUCAAGGACGUGCAGUUGGCACUGACAUCGUCCCUUCCACUCCGGCCUUCCCCGUGUCUCCUCCAACACCUUACGUGAAACAUUUCUCAGAGUUUUCCCAGCUCAGGACAGGCAGGCAGCUUGACCAACACAGCUGGACACAAGAUUCCCGGAGUUUCCUGGACAGCAUGAACCACGGCAGCAGCUCCACAGAGGGAGAGAUGUUCAGAUCAGACGUGUCCGUCACUCCUGCUUCCUGUCAGAGGAUCUUUGGCUCCAUGUGCUCAGUGUCAUCAGACAGCCCCCUCCCACACACAGACAGUUCCUCUCCUGCUCCAAUGUGGCACGACCAGACUCCAAAUUCCCUAAACUCUCCAUAUCCUCCCCAGCCCUCACCCCCUCUAUCUCUCAACUCUCCCAAUGCCCACAGUUCUCCCCGGGGGCCUCCAGGGGCCCGCAGGGGGACGGACAGCACAGAUUUGUCCUCAUUAUUGUUGGGGAACGGUGGCCUGGAGGAGAGCCUGCUGGAGGCGAUGGAGGGCCUUGGUAGUCUUAACCUGCUGGGAGAGGAGGGCCUCGCCCCGCUGCUGCCUGAGAAAAGAAGGGGGGUUGAAGGGGGAGAGUUUGGCUCCCGCUCCCCUUCACUGAGUGGAUAUUCCAGCCCUCAUAGUGGCAGCAGUCUCAGCAUCCCUUUCUCAUCUUCCAUGACCCCUGACCCCCUAAGAGGACUCAGUGGGGCCCCGUCACCUGGAGCAGACUCUGCCAGUAAGCAGGACACCGUGAAGUUUGUUCAGGAUACUUCCAAGUUCUGGUACAAGCCCGACAUUUCCAGAGACCAAGCCAUCGCGGUGCUGAAGGACAAAGAGCCGGGCUCAUUCAUUGUCAGAGACAGCCAUUCAUUUCGUGGAGCAUACGGAUUGGCCAUGAAGGUGGCCACGCCUCCUCCAUCAGUGAUCCAACAGAGCAAAAAAGGAGAUCUGUCCAAUGAGCUGGUGAGACACUUCCUGAUAGAGUGCACGCAGAAAGGUGUUCGUCUUAAAGGAUGCCCUAAUGAGCCGUACUUUGGAAGUCUCACAGCGCUGGUGUGCCAACACUCCAUCACUCCUCUGGCUCUGCCCUGUAAACUCAUCCUACCUGACAAAGACCCACUAGAGGAGCUGAAUGACUCUCCGACACAGACAGCAACAAACUCAGCAGCUGAGCUUCUCAAACAGGGAGCAGCAUGUAAUGUGUGGUACCUGGGCUCCGUGGAGCUGGAGUCUCUCACGGGACACCAGGCAGUCCAGAAGGCCACCACGCUCACGCUCUCCAUGGAUCCUCCGCCUGCCUCCACUGUCGUACAUUUCAAAGUGUCAGCGCAGGGAAUCACACUCACUGACAACCAGAGGAAGUUGUUCUUCAGGAGACACUACGCUGUGAACACCGUCAUAUUCUGUUCUCUGGACCCACAGGGCAGGAAGUGGACAAGAGACAGCGGCUCCACUGCAAAGAUCUUUGGAUUUGUUGCCAGAAAAUCUCAGCGUGAGAUGGAAAAUGUGUGCCAUCUGUUUGCUGAGCACGACCCCGAGCAGCCAGCAAGCGCCAUUGUCAACUUUGUCUCGAAGGUCAUGAUUGGGUCACACAAGAAGUAAGGAUGAAGAGACUUGAGCAGCAGAGUAAAGAACUAGGACUAUCGGGGUCCCGCCCAAAAGUCAAAUAAAUGUGAAAGAGGCAAAAACUUUGAACCCUCACACUCCAAAGCCUUAUACUGCUGCUCCUCCCUGCAGAGCAAAACUGGAUUAUUUUGUACUGACUGCACUGCAGGAUGCUACCACCAGAGGGAGCCAAAACUCAGAAAGUUGAACUCAUCAGCAGGAAGCUAUUCCGAACUUCCAAGCCUUUUUAUAAAAUGUGUAUGAUAGAAGACAUUUUCUCACCCAGAAUCGAAUAUGAAAAUCAGCUUUGUCACAUCUCGACUACUUUAUUGGGUCUUUUAUUUUGAAACUUAUUCAAAAUGCACUUAUGACACAUUAAUCUUGCUUGUGGCUGCACACUUAUUCUAAUCAAGGAAUAUUAGAUAGUCCAUACAUAAGCAUUUAUUUCUAAUUAUAAUUACAAUUCUGAGAUUCUGUGUUUUAUUUGUAACAAUGGUCAAAACAGGUUUCAUUAGGUUUCAUUUUGUGUAAACUAAUUUUUUAUAUUAAAUGAAACCAACAAUAUUGUUGCAUGCAAUAUUGUUGGUUGCCCUGUACUUAAGAUUGAUUGAUUUAUGUUAUGUUUAUGUAUUGUUUAAGAUAUUUAUCCAUUUUAAAGAUGUGUUAAUGUCUUUAUUUUCCCAAAAUACAUUUGUCAUAUAUUUUUUUGUAUGUUAACACAUGUUGUACAUUAGCAUUAAGGGAAGUGUACUUAAGAAUUUAUGCAAUUUUCUUACAUAUUGUGGCGAAAUAUGAUGUAAUAUUUUACACAGUGAGCUACUAUACACUGUACUCUGCCUACUUAUAUUUGUAUAAAUAUAGGUGUUCAUAUGUCUUUUAUCGAGAACUUCAGUACAGUUUUGUGUACAGUUAUUGUGCCCUAAAUUUUCUCUUUGGAUCUUUGGAUGCAUGUUGAUGAGUUACAGCAGAAUCUCUGAUGCAUUGUUGAAUAUUAUUCCCGUAAUAUUGCAAAAAAAAAUCUUUUGUUUGCAGCUGUUGCUGUGUUGUAAAUCUCAAAACUGACCGUACCUUCUCAGUAUAUCAUCACCUGAAAAGCAAAAGUUGAUGAUCUCGAUCCCAAGAGGAGAUGUUUGUCCGUUGAAGGUUGUGUCAGGAGCGGCAACCAGCUUAAAAAAAUCUGCUAAAUCAAACAAGCAGAGCUCCCCACUGUGGCAGCCCCCUUGU